UCCCGGCAGGUUUGCCUUCUGCUCAGCUCUCCUCUGCACACCGAGCUGGAUGUCCGGACACUUGCUGCGCUGCUCUUAAUGAUCAGGAGGCACCGCGGGAGCAGGAAGGAGAAGCACAGCGACGACGCACAUGGCUGGAUGACAUGAUGUUCCAACCCUUUUCCCCUCCUCCCUCCACCUCUUUUUGUCCUGUUUUCCUUCUACUCCUCUUCCUCUGUCUUUCCCUCAUUUCCUCUUCCCUUCCCCAACCGCCGUUGAGCUGGAAUUCACCUAAUGACCCCUGCUACCACACAGUUGGCCGUCCGCGACACUGCCUGUCAGAGUUUAUCAAUGCUGCCUACGGGGUUCCAGUCAACGUGAACCACUCGCUACAAGGAAAUGAUUAUGACAGCCACAUCACCACCUUAACCGACCUCAACAAUCCCCACAACCUCACAUGUUGGAUGGCCGAUGCAGGUACUGACACAGGAGACUGGGUCCUUACCCUACCGCUGGGCCGCCGCUUUGAGAUCACAUACAUAAGUUUUCAGUUCUGUCACCAAAAGGAGCCAUUGGACCCCAUCUCCAUUUCCAUCCUCAAGUCGAUGGACUUUGGGCGCACCUGGAGGCCAAUGCAGCACUACUCCAGCGACUGCCUCAGGAACUUCAAGCUACCUUCACAAACAGUGGCCCAAACGAGACAUCAAGAAACGGAGCCCCUCUGCUCAGACCCACGCCCUCUACAGAAGCAGCGAGGAGGCAUGGUGUUGGCCUUCUCCACUCUGGAUGGACGGCCAUCCUCUCCUGAUUUUGACUAUAGCCCCACUCUCCAGGACUGGGUGACAGCCACCGACAUUCGCGUGGUCUUCCAUAAGGUGUCCAGUGAGGUGAAGAUAGGCCACAUGGAUAAGACAGAAGAAGAAAGAUGGCUUGACCGUGGACACGACAUCAGAGAGGCUGGUGUUGUGAGAUGGAGAACGGACUUCAAGGAUCAGACUGGAGAUCAGGUGGACAAGUUAAACACAGAAAAUACACUGGCAUUUUUUGACAGGGAGACAAAAAACUCAGAGACAAGGGUGAGGAACAAAGGGGUUAGAAUAGAUAAGCAAGUCAGGAAGGGCCAUUAUAAAAGCUCAGGUCAAGAUGAAGACGGGCACAACGUCACCAGCAAGGAAGGGGGGGACAGUUUCAGCAUGGACACUCUCACUUCUCCUAAAAAGGGCGGGAAAGGCAGAGGGCGUGGCCGCAAGAAGGAAAACAAUCAUUGGCUGCCUUGCCCCAAUGGAGAUUGCAAUUGGACAGUUGAGGGGCGGAGCAGAAACAACAAAGGGCAGGAGCUGAGAAAACGGAGGAACAACAAUCACAAUACAAGGCCGAGGAAUCUGCAGGCGGCCCAACCUUCUGCUUUUAAGCCCCCCGGCCGAGCUCCUUUUGCCCUCUCGGACCUGCAGGUCGGGGGCAGGUGUAAAUGUAACGGACACGCUUCCAGGUGUCGCCGCGACGACACGGGUCGUGCAGUGUGUGUAUGCAAGCAUCACACAGCGGGGCCAGACUGUGAUGUGUGUGAGGACUUCUACUUUGACAGACCAUGGCAUCGAGCUACGCCCACUAACCCAAACCCCUGUGUUGCCUGUGAGUGUAACGGCCACUCCAACAAAUGCCGCUUCAGCAUGGAGGUGUUUCAGCAGUCGGGCCGGCGCAGUGGAGGCGUGUGUCAGAAGUGUCGCCACCACACGGCCGGACGCCACUGCCAGUACUGCCAGAAUGGAUACACCCGCAACCACAAAAAGCCGCUCAGCCACCGCAAAGCCUGCCAACCGUGUCAGUGCCAUCCUGUGGGGGCAGUGGGUGGCUGGUGUAACCAGACGUCUGGUCAGUGCCUGUGUCGACGAGGUGUGACCGGCCUCAGGUGUAACCGCUGUGCCCCAGGAUAUGAACAGGGGAAGUCUCCUUUACAGCCCUGCAUACGAAUUCCAGAAGUUGCUCCAACUCCAGUGUACCAACCUCAGUACAGCAUAGCGGAGGAGUGCGUUUCAUACUGCCAGCCUUCUCAGGUUAAAGUCAAGAUGAACUUGGAGACCUAUUGUCGAAAGAACUAUGUGCUGAAGGUGCAGGUGAAAGGUAUGGAGCGCUCAGGUCCCUGGUGGCAGUUUUCCAUCUUGGUGCAAGUCGUCUUCCGCACUGGGUCCCACGCCCGCAUUCGCAGGGGCUCUCAGUCCCUUUGGGUCCCUGACCGCGACCUUGGCUGCGGCUGCCCCGCCCUCCAGGUGGGUCGGACAGUCCUCCUGAUCGGAGCAGAUGAAGGAGAGCAGCCCUGGGUGCCAGAGGAGAAGCGCCUGGUGGCAGAUCGCUCUACUCUAGCCCCCCAGUGGCAGGAACACUGGAGCCCCAAACUCAGGGCUUUCCGGGGGCAGGACAAGAGGGGCCGCUGUCCACCAAAACAGGCAAACAACCACCAGCGCUACAGGGAAAACCCAAAACCUCAGUCUGGUUAUGUCCCCCCUCACUUGCUGACUGAGAAAGAUGUCGAGCCUCACGCUGCAAACACACACAAGACUGAAAGCACAGAAGUGCCGCACAUGUUCAAAGUUAAAUCCACUGAGGCGACACUACCCUCUUCUUCUUCACCCAAUCCAAUAUGUUCUACUCAAAACCCUUCAUGAAAACUUUAACAGUGAGAAGAUUUAAAGACUCAAAUUCUAUUAUAUUGAAAUUCUCAAAAAACAGAAGAACUACAAGGAGUAAAAUGUACAUUAUUCCAUUUUUUUGUCAGUGGACUUGACAAUCAGGUGAGAAGAAAGCUCAAAGAAACCCUUCAACACCGAAACACAUACCCACCUUUAGGUUUAUGUACAUUCUUAAGAGGUUAAUUAUUGCAUAAUGAGUUUUGCAGCAACAUAAAGUGGUAUCACUCAGUGAUGAUGAAUCUGUGAGACUAAAAUGGUGAAAUGUAAAAUGUAAGUAUCAUUAUUUUAAUAUUUCUACUAAGGAAACUUCUGAAAAUUAAAGUCUGACUGAACUUUGAAAAAUGUCAAUUAGCAUUUUGUCUUGAAAACUUAAAAAGAAAAUCUAUAUUUAGAUCAUAUUUAUUUAUUGAAUUUUUUAAGCUAAAGUGAAAAUAUUACAAUAAAUGACAUCAUAAAACUUUUUACAAUAGUAAUUAACAUAAUGACAAAUGGUUUAGUUAAUGUGCAAAAAUGUGAUUUUUGUUUUACUAGUAAAUAUUUUAUUGUAAAUUGCCCAUUAUACCAUGUUAGACUUUAUUUUUAAUUCACAUGUAAAUUUGGGAAAAGCAAAUACUAAAAAGUCUCUGAAGCAAUUUCACUAAAUUAAAAUAACCAAACAAAGUUGAAAGUCAUGUAGCUCACAUGGAUAAUUACAACAGAAUGUGUCUGUUAUGUAAAACCAUGCUGGAGACUGCAAAUUUGCAUUUAUUAUAAAUAACUAAUAUUUACUAUUACAUUGAUGCUGUAGUUUUACAGUUUAAACCUAAAACUUUCAAAACUAAACAGAAUAAUUAAUACAUUAUUUAUUUAUUUUGCUGAACUACUUACAUUUGUUCCCCUUUAAUCAACUUGAAAUAUUUGCAGAAUAUGUAUAUCCCACGUAAAAGUAUAAUUUCAGUGUAUUUAUUUUUGUUAUUUCUGUCUGAUAUGGACAUCAGUUAAAAUAGCCUUCAUAACGUGUUGCUCAGAUUGUGUUUUUUUUACCUUCAUGUAAGAAAAACAAAGCUGUGACACCACGAGUGCAUUGGGCAGCCGGGUUAGCACAGACAAGAUAUUAUUAUAUUAUUAAAUUCCUUUUUUAAAUUUGACAAAUAUCUUUACUCUUGCCUGUCUAAAAUAAUGAAAUUAAAAAACUGAAAACUGAAAUUUUUCAUUUAGGCUAAUUCAAUUUAGACAAAGAAAACUCAUUGAUUUUUAAAUUAAAACAUUUAAAUAAGAACACUUUAUUAUGUAUGUACAUAUAGUACAUUUCAAUUCUAAAAAUGUAAAAAAAAUUGCUUUAAUUUUCUUU